UCUUUUUCUUUUUCUAUAUUCUUUUUUCCCUUCUUAUUUAUUCUUCGAAACCCCUUUUCCUUCCCUUCACUUUUUCCCAGCUGUGGAAAAAGACGUAGGCUUCUAAUAUCUCUUUCUACAUAUCUUUCUCUGUAUUUACUUAUCUCUUUCUUUCCUCUUCUGUCCUAUUUUUUUUCUUUCUCUUUUACGUUCCAAAGGACAAGGUAGGCAAGUACGGAGAAUGUAUCGCGGUGCAGUGGUCAAUGUGCAGUCGUGAAAAUGUGCUUCACGUUUGAAUGAAACCUUCUAUACGUAACUAUUAAGUGUUCGAGCAGACAGGACUAAUUUACUCUGUGAAUAUGUACACGGGAAUGCAAAUUUCUUCGUAAAAUAGAUAUCGUGUUACGGUGAGGGAACAUAAUGACGCUAUCGUUCGGACGUUCAGUGUAAGGAACUCUGACGUUUGCUGUGAAUCCUGAUAAAGGAAGCAAAAGUCAUUUAAGAAGAAAAGAGAAGGGUAGAACAAGGGGAAGAGUAAGUAAAAGAAAUUGAGAAGAAGAUAAAAUGAGCUCCUUCUUGAUGAAUCCAUCCGCCGGCGGUGGCUAUCACCACCACCAUCAGCACCAACAGCCGGCGGCUAGUCAUCAUCUUGCUGCUAGUUCAGUUAUGGUCGACCCGAAGUUUCCACCAAGCGAGGAAUAUAGUCAAAGUAACUACAUACAAUCUACCGGUGCAGAUUUCUUCUCCAGUAGUACCGCAAGCCACCAUCUCAAUCAUCCCCAGUCCCACCAGCUCCAAUAUGGCUAUCACCAACAUCAUCAUCAGGCUGCUACAACGCCGUAUGGAGCAUCGUCGGCUGUACAACUGAACGGUGGAUAUGCCGGAUACGGAGGAUAUUAUGGGCCUCAUCAUCCGCAUCACCAGGUUCAUGCUGUUCACCAUGCAAGUUUGCAUCCUCAUCAUCACGCUGUUGGUGCACUCGCGAUGCCACCGGAAGCACAGCAACCACCUCACACGUGUCCAUCUUCGAUGCAAGCACCACAACAGCAACAACAGCCACCGGUCACUGCGUCGACCGUUCUUGGAUCCACUCCCUUAUCGCCGUCCAUUAUGCAAAAUCAUGUGCAACAGCAAGAAGCUAUGCAGCAACAUCAACAUCAACAACAAAAUCAGCAACAACCUCACGAUGGUAGCGUCUGCAGUCCAGCAGGUUCCGGGUCGUUGCAUCGAGACAACUCACCAGAUCUUCAGCAACAAUCGAAUCAACAAAAUCAGCAUAUACAAAAUGCACAACAACAACAGUCGCAACAUCAACAGCAGCAUCACGUGGACGAUGGAUCCGAUCAAGAUGAUAUUGAGGACGAUCAGAUGAUGGACGGCUCACCUGGUAUGAUGGAGGAAGAAGAAGAUGACGAGGAAAAUGGAGACCGUGUCAUUUAUCCAUGGAUGAAAAAAAUUCACGUUGCUGGUGUUGCGAAUGGUUCUUAUCAACCUGGAAUGGAACCAAAGAGGCAAAGGACCGCUUACACACGACACCAGAUUUUGGAGCUCGAAAAGGAAUUCCAUUACAACCGUUACCUCACGAGAAGGCGGCGGAUCGAGAUAGCACAUACAUUGGUACUGUCCGAGAGACAGAUCAAAAUUUGGUUUCAGAAUCGAAGAAUGAAAUGGAAGAAGGACAACAAGCUACCGAAUACGAAGAACGUUCGUAGAAAGAACGCAAAUGGUCAGGUAGCAGCAACAGCGACAACAACAAAAUCAACUAAGGGAAGCAGCAACAGAACGAAAAGUGUCUCUGUUGCUGCUGCAUCAGCCAAUGGAAAUAACAAUAAUGGACAGAGAAAGAACAACAACAAUUCACCAUCCAGUGGUUUAGAUGGAAACAAUUUGGAUAGUGGAGUUGGCCUCGAUAUGGGUGACGUUCACGGUGUCAACUCGUCUCUUCCUCAUCCGAACGUGGUACAUCCGAGCUUUCAAGGUCACCCUCAUCCUCUCGCCCACCUUCAAGCACAGCUGAGUCACCAUCACGUGGCGGCUGGAAUGAUGGACGGUCCAACAACGAUCGGACCAACGAUCGGCUCUACGAUCGGUCCUACGAUCGGUCCUACGAUCGGUCCUACGAUCGGUCCUACAAUCGGCCCUACUGCUGGACCAAUGGGACAUAUGUCUUCCGGAAGCAUCAGUCCACUUGAACCAGCCACCAGUCCUCCUGGACUUUCUCAAGUAUCGUCCUCUGUUGUCCCACCGCCACCGAUAAAAUCAGAUUAUGGACUGACUGCUCUGUAACACCCGCUUACCGAACAAUAUCACGAUCAUCGAAUUUACUCUAUUGGUGUUUUCGACUACGAUCUCGCAGUUGGAGGAACCUGAACUCGAUUACUCAUUUCGAUAUUUGCUGACAAUUCUUUUAGUUUCUCCAAAUUACAUUGUCUCUUAUUUCGUUUCAAUCAUUUUUCUUAUCCUCUCUUCUGAUUUUUUACAGCAGAAAUCUCAAGGUUCAUAUAAAAAAAACUGAACAAAU